AUGGAGCGUGACAAAGGACCACAGACCAAGGAGCCGCAAACAGGGAAGCAGGAGAUUAAAAAUGAUGUGAGUGGCGAUACUAAUUGGGUAGUGCCAACUGUAAAGCCCAAAACUAGCAAAACAGCCAAGUCGGCCACUUUGAAAUCGAAGAAGCGUCAGAAAAAGACCAAAAAAUCGAAGCAUUCGAAAAAAUCUCUUAAAAAGAAGCACAAGAAGAAACGGAAAUACUCCAGCAGCAGUGAUAGCGAUAGCGAUAGUGAUAGCACCAGCUCCACAAGCAGUUCGGAUUCUGAUUCAUCUAGGGAGAAAGCGAAGCGCAGUCGCAAAUCCGCAGAUAAAGGAAUAGCAACUGCUCCACUUCCUAUUGUGCCAAAGCCUUUAUUGCAGCGCGAUAGCUGGAUGACUGACAGCACCGAUUUAAAGCUGAAUACCUUCAGCAAGGAGCGUAAGGAGGCAAUAAAGCCUAAUGCAAAGCUGCAGCAAAUCGACGCCUAUAAUCCGGCCCAAAACAAAAACGAGCUGAAUCCAUAUUGGAAGAACAAUGGCACUGGUCUGCCAGCUUUUAAGAAGCCCGGUGAGGACGACAACGAACGUCCAACACAGUCCAUCCCAUCAAAAUAUGUUGGCUCAGCCAAUUGGAAGAAGCCAACAAGAAACUUGGAUGAUUGUUUAGUUAACCCAAAUGGCAAUGUCGGUGUAGGCCGCGAGUCUCGCGAUCGGCCAUUUGAGUGCACGGAUGGCGAGAAAUACCAACGGUCGGUACCCUUGACAGAUGAUCAAUUUAAUGCAUUGGCCGCACGGGUAGUCAAAGCUGAAAUUAAGGGCGAUGUGAAAUUGGUUGCAGAUCUCAACAAGCAGCUCGAGAUGGCACGUAAAGCUCGAGCCGAACAUCUGGCUAGUGGCAAGAGCCUUGCCGAAUCCACAAGGGCAGAGAAGAAGAGUGAGCACAUCUUGCUUACACGCGCCGAUGCCAGCGGAAAUGUGCGUCCACUUUUACAAGCCAAGGCAGCAGCUGAUCGCAAGAUGGUUGAAAAAAUGCAAAAGAUGGCGGAAACCACUUCGGAUGGGAAUCGCUACGAUAUCAAGCAAAUGUUUGAACGGGAGAAGUAUGCUACUUCAGCUGAAUCAAAUUUACAAUAUGCCAAUAUUGUAUCUAAGAAUAAGAAACCGAACGAUGACCUGGAUGGUAUUUUCGAAGAUCGUGUGCGCAAGGACAUAGCCGAGGACAAUAACGAGCAGCGCGAACUGAAUCGGGCUGUAAAGGAGCAACAAAAGAUGAGCGCCACCUUGGACAAUUGCGAAAGAUGCUUUGACUCCCAUAAGCUAGCAAAAGACCGGCUCCUCUCAGUGGGCACUAAGAUCUAUUUGACUUUGCCCUCGCAUGUGGGUCUGCAGCCAGACCAUUGCAUUUUAGCUUCCGUGCAGCAUGUCUCUGCCUGCACACUGCUUGACGAGGACGUAUGGGAGGAGCUAACUACUUUUCGUAAGGCUUUAACCCAAAUGUUUGCUGCCCAGAAAAGGGAUGUGAUAUUCUUUGAGAUAGCCAAUAAGUUGUAUAAACGUCAACACUUGUCUGUCCAUUGUGUGCCCAUUCCGCAGUCUAAGGGUGAGAUAGCUCCAUUCUAUUUCAAGAAGGCCAUCGAGGAGUCUGAGCAGGAGUGGUCCAUUAAUAAGCAACUAAUAUCCUUGGACAAAAAAUCCUUGCGCGCAGCUAUACCAAAAGGCUUGCCCUAUUUCUGGGUACAUUUUGGCAUGGAUCGUGGCUUUGCCCACGUCAUCGAGGAUCAGGAACGUUUCCCACCGCAUUACGCACAGCAAAUUAUUGCCGGCAUGUUGGACCUUGAAAUGCGUCAUUGGCGCAAUCCGCCUAAGGGACACAACAUACACAUUAAUGUAAAAUCAUUUACUGAUGCUUGGAAGAAUUACGAUUUUACCAAAUCGUAAAUGGGUUAAUUUUUA